CUCGAAGCGUACAACCCAAAAUACUCUCUUUCUCUCUCUUUCGAAACAGAAGAGAGAGAAAAGAUAUAGUACGCACCGUCUCCCUCUAUCCGCUCUCGUUUUGUUAUUUGGGCUCUUCCCCUACCUCUCUCCCGCCGGCACACUCGGCAGAGGAAAAAGAAAAAACCCCAAGAAAAUACACUGGACGAGACCUCUUCAUUUCUUUCUCGUCGUUCUCUAUUUACAAUAUCUGCAGAUAGGAAGAACAGUUUUGAAGAUCGAUAUCGAUAUCGGUAGAUGCAAUGUCGGAGGACGAGAAGCUGUUGAAGGAGGCCAAGAAAUUGCCAUGGGAAGAUCGGCUUACGCACAAGAACUGGAAGGUUCGCAACGAUGCCAACAUCGACUUGGCCGCCGUCUGCGACUCCAUCACGGAUCCCAAAGAUCCUCGCCUCCGUGAAUUCGGUCCGUUUUUCAAGAAAGCUGUUGCGGAUUCGAAUGCGCCGGUUCAGGAGAAGGCCCUCGAUGCUCUAAUUGCUUUUCUGAAAGCUGCCGACGCUGAUGCGGGGAGGUAUGCCAAAGAAGUGUGCGAUGCAGUUGUCGCAAAAUGCCUCACCGGUCGUCCCAAGACGGUGGAGAAGUCGCAGGCGGUGUUUAUGCUUUGGGUGGAGUUGGAGGCCGUGGAUGUUUUUCUGGAUGCCAUGGAGAAAGCAAUUAAAAACAAAGUUGCCAAAGCAGUUGUACCUGCCAUUGAUGUUAUGUUCCAAGCCCUAAGUGAAUUUGGGGCGAAGGUUGUUCCACCAAAAAGAAUUUUGAAAAUGCUUCCUGAACUCUUCGAUCAUCAAGACCAAAAUGUUCGUGCAUCCUCUAAAGGACUGACACUUGAGCUCUGUCGUUGGAUAGGGAAAGACCCAGUGAAAUCAAUUUUGUUUGAGAAAAUGCGGGAUACAAUGAAAAAAGAGCUGGAAGCUGAGCUUGUCAAUGUAACUGUUACAGCAAGGCCAUCCCGCAAAAUAAGGGCUGAGCAAGAUAAGGAGCCAGAACCUGAGAUUGCAUCUGAAGCUGCAAGUCCUGGCCCUUCUGAAGAAUCUUCAGCCGAUGCUCCUCAGGAAAUAGAUGAAUAUGAACUUGUCGAUCCUGUUGAUAUAUUGACCCCUUUAGAAAAGUCAGGAUUUUGGGAUGGAGUGAAAGCUACCAAAUGGUCAGAAAGAAAGGAGGCUGUUGCAGAGCUGACCAAGCUAGCUUCAACUAAAAGGAUAGCACCUGGUGAUUUCACAGAAAUUUGUAGGACAUUGAAGAAGCUUGUUACUGAUGUGAACAUAGCUGUUGCUGUUGAAGCCAUCCAAGCCAUUGGUAACCUUGCCAGGGGUCUAAGAACCCAUUUUUCUGGGAGUUCACGGUUCUUAUUGCCAGUUUUACUUGAAAAAUUGAAAGAGAAAAAACCUACUCUGGCAGAAUCUCUUACUCAAACUCUACAAGCAAUGCACAAGGCUGGGUGCUUAAAUCUAGCUGACAUCGUUGAAGAUGUUAAGACUGCAGUGAAAAACAAAGUUCCACUUGUGCGCUCAUUAACUCUAAACUGGGUAACGUUUUGUAUUGAGACAAGCAACAAGGCUGUUGUUCUCAAGCUGCAUAAGGACUAUGUCCCAAUCUGUAUGGAGUGUUUAAACGAUGGAACUCCUGAAGUGAGGGAUGCAGCAUUUUCAGCUUUGGCCGCAAUAGCAAAGUUGGUUGGUAUGAGGCCAUUAGAGAGGUCACUGGAGAAACUUGAUGACGUUAGAAGAAAGAAGCUUGCUGAAAUGAUUGGAAAUUCUGGGGGUGGUGUAACUACUAGUACAAGCUCAGGUUCGGUUCAAACCUCGAUGGGAAACAUUUCGGGUCAUGAGUCUUCAGACAGCUCAUUUGUUAAAAAAUCAGCAGCGAGCAUGCUUAGUGGGAAGAAACCUGUUCAAGCAGCUCCUGCUAACAAAAAAGGAGGACCAGUGAAAUCUGGUGGCAAUAAGAAAAGUGAUGGAGGUGGUGGACAGAUAAAAGUUUCAAAAUCUGUUGAACCUGAAGAUGUGGAGCCAGCAGAUAUGAGUCUUGAAGAGAUUGAAAGCAGAUUAGGUUCUCUUAUACAGGCUGAUACUAUUUCUCAAUUGAAGAGCACUGCAUGGAAAGAAAGGCUUGAAGCGAUUGGUUCCCUAAAACAACAGGUGGAAGGUGUGCAGGACCUUAACCAGUCUGUUGAAAUUCUUAUUCGCUUACUUUGCACCGUUCCUGGUUGGAAUGAGAAAAAUGUUCAGGUCCAGCAGCAAGUUAUUGAAGUUAUUAAUUACAUUGCUUCUACUGCAGCAAAAUUUCCAAAAAAAUGUGUUGUACUUUGCCUUCAUGGUAUAAGUGAACGUGUAGCAGAUAUCAAAACUCGUGCUCAUGCCAUGAAGUGCCUUACUACUUUUUCUGAAGCAGUGGGUCCUGAGUUCAUUUUUGAAAGACUUUACAAAAUCAUGAAAGAGCACAAGAAUCCGAAGGUCCUUAGUGAGGGCAUCUUGUGGAUGGUUUCAGCAGUUGAAGACUUUGGUGUUUCACAUUUGAAACUAAAGGAUUUGAUUGAUUUCUGCAAAGAUACUGGGCUGCAAUCCAGCGCUGCUGCAACUAGAAAUGCUACUAUCAAGCUUAUUGGUGCUUUACAUAAGUUUGUUGGCCCAGAUAUCAAAGGGUUUCUCACGGAUGUCAAACCUGCCCUUCUUAGCGCACUUGAUGCAGAGUAUGAAAAAAACCCAUAUGAGGGUGCUUCUGCAGUUACAAAGAAAACUGUAAGGGCUUCAGAAUCCAUGUCCUCGGUGUCUGCUGGUGGGUUAGAUAGCCUGCCACGCGAGGAUAUUAGUGGAAAGAUAACACCUGUUCUGCUAAAGAGCUUAGAGAGUCCUGACUGGAAGGUUCGUUUGGAAUCAAUUGAGACUGUAAAUAAAAUAUUGGAAGAGUCCAAUAAACGAAUUCAACCAACUGGAACUGUGGAAUUGUUUGGUGCUCUUAGAGCGCGUUUGUAUGACAGCAACAAAAAUCUAGUCAUGGCUACUUUGACAACUGUUGGUGGUGUUGCUUCUGCAAUGGGCCCAGCAGUUGAGAAGUCAAGCAAGGGCAUUCUUUCUGAUAUUCUGAAAUGCCUUGGUGACAAUAAAAAGCAUAUGAGAGAAUGCACAUUGACUACUCUAGAUGCUUGGCUUGCUGCUGUUCAUCUUGACAAAAUGGUUCCUUAUAUUGCAGCAGCUUUAACAGAUGCUAAACUUGGGGCAGAAGGCCGGAAGGAUCUUUUUGACUGGUUAUCAAAACAACUGUCUGGAUUAAAUGAAUUUUCUGAUGCUGGGAAUCUGCUAAAACCAGCAGCAUAUGCUAUGACGGACAAAUCGUCAGAUGUUAGAAAGGCAGCAGAGGCUUGCUUUGCAGAAAUUUUAAAAGUGUGUGGACAGGAAAUAGUGUCCAAGAAUUUGAGGGAUCUACAUGGGCCUGCUUUAGCUCUUGUUCUUGAACGACUAAAGCCAUCUGGGCCGUUUCAAGAUUCAUUUGAAUCAGCAAAAGCAAUUUCAACAGGCCCAGCUUCUAGAAGCAGCUUGAAGGUUGGAAAAUCUGUUUCCAAUGGUAUACCGAAGCAUGGAACCAGAGCUCUAUCCUCGAGAGCCAUUUCUACAAAGGGCACGAGGCCAGAUGCUCUCAUAUCUGCCCAAGAUAUUGCUGUGCAGUCACAGGCUCUGUUAAACAUAAAGGAUUCAAACAAGGAGGAUAGGGAAAGAAUGGUUGUUCGCAGGUUUAAAUUUGAAGAGCUGAGGAUAGAACAGAUUCAAGAUCUUGAGACUGAUCUUAUGAAGUAUUUGAGAGAGGAUUUGCAAAGGAGACUUUUAAGUACAGAUUUCAAGAAACAAGUUGAUGGUCUUGAAAUGCUACAAAAGGCACUUCCGUCCAUUGGAAAGGAAAUAAUUGAAAUUCUAGAUAUACUUCUGAGAUGGUUUGUUUUGCGGUUCUGUGAAUCUAACACUACCUGUCUAUUGAAGGUGCUGGAAUUUCUUCCUGAACUUUUUGGCACAUUGAGAGAUGAAUCCUAUGCUUUAACUGAAUCGGAAGCUGCCAUAUUUCUUCCAUGCUUGAUCGAGAAGUCUGGGCACAACAUUGAGAAAGUACGAGAAAAAAUGCGUGAACUGACAAAACAGAUUUUUCACAUAUAUUCUGCACAAAAAGCCUUUCCUUAUAUUUUGGAAGGUCUGCGUUCUAAGAACAAUAGGACCCGGAUAGAGAGUGUUGAUCUUGUUGGAUUCUUAAUAGAUCAUCAUGGUGCUGAGAUUGGUGGACAAUUAAAAUCUUUGCAGGUGGUUGCAAGCUUGACAGCAGAGCGUGAUGGUGAAAUUAGGAAAGCUGCUUUAAAUACACUGGCUACAGGUUAUAAGAUUCUUGGUGAGGACAUAUGGAGAUAUGUUGGGAAGCUAACAGAUGCUCAGAAAAGCAUGUUAGAUGACAGAUUUAAGUGGAAGGCCCGGGAGAUGGAUAAACGGAAGGAAGGAAAGCCUGGUGAAGCUAGAGCCGCUUUAAGGCGUUCUGUUAGGGAAAAUGGGUCUGAGAUAGCAGAGCAAAGUGGAGAUGUUGCCAGAUCUAUAUCUGGCCCAAUCUUCACAAGGGAAAACUAUGCUCAUCCUGAGUUUCACAUGGAGAGACAUUUAAUGCCCCGUACACUUCCUAGUACAAACGGUCCUACAGAUUGGAAUGAAGCUCUGGAUAUCAUUUCAUUUGGAUCACCUGAGCAGUCUGUUGAAGGAAUGAAAGUUGUGUGCCAUGAGUUGGCACAGGCGACCAGUGAUCCAGAGGGAAGUGCAAUGGAUGACAUUUUGAAAGAUGCGGAUAGACUCGUUUCAUGCUUAGCUAAUAAGGUAGCAAAAACCUUUGAUUUCAGUCUUACAGGAGCUUCAUCAAGGUCUUGUAAAUAUGUUCUGAACACACUUAUGCAGACAUUUCAGAAUAAAAAACUUGCUCAUGCUGUCAAGGAGUCUACUCUUGACAGUCUUAUCACUGAGCUUUUGCUUUGGCUUUUGGAUGAAAGGGUUCCUCAUAUGGAUGAUGGCAGCCAACUUCUGAAAGCUCUGAAUGUUUUGAUGCUUAAGAUCCUGGAUAAUGCAGAACGAACAGCAUCCUUUGUUGUCCUGAUUAAUCUCUUACGUCCCUUGGACGCCUCAAGAUGGCCUUCUCCUGCUUCCAAUGAGAAUUUUGCUGCUAGAAAUCAGAAGUUUUCUGAUUUGGUUGUCAAAUGUCUAAUCAAACUCACAAAAGUUCUUCAAAGUACUAUAUUUGAUGUUGACCUUGACCGCAUCCUUCAAAGUAUACAUGUAUACCUGCAAGAAUUGGGAAUGGAAGAAAUCAGAAGAAGAGCUGGAGCUGAUGACAAACCAUUACGCAUGGUUAAAACUGUUCUACAUGAACUUGUUAAGCUUCGCGGAACUGCAAUAAAGGGUCACCUUUCUAUGGUUCCUAUAGACAUGGAACCCCAGCCAAUUAUCCUUGCCUAUAUUGACCUUAAUCUUCAGACUUUGGCUGCGGCAAGAAUGUUGACCCCAUCUGGGCCAGUUGGCCAAACUCACUGGGGUGAUUCAGGUGCCAACAAUCCAUCACCUGCUACACAUUCUGCAGAUGCCCAGUUGAAGCAAGAACUUGCUGCUAUAUUCAAGAAAAUUGGUGACAAGCAAACAUGCACUAUUGGUUUAUAUGAACUAUACCGUAUUACUCAACUGUACCCCAAGGUUGAUAUAUUUGCGCAGCUCCAAAAUGCUAGUGAGGCGUUUCGGACUUAUAUCAGGGAUGGGUUAGCCCAGAUGGAGAAGAAUGCAGCAGCUGGAAGGACCCCAUCGAGCUUGCCCAUGUCGACACCUCCCCCUUCUUCUCUAAGCCUUUCUUCCCCCAAAUUUGCACCACUAUCUCCUUUACAUACAAAUUCCUUAAAUGAUUCAAAAUCUUUAAAUGUGAAAGCCGAACCAACAAACUUUAAUUUACCACCAUCGUAUGGUGAAGAUGACAGGGCCUUAAAUGCCCUUCCUUCAAGAGGUCUGACAUCUGAUCACCCAGAGUUUCGGCAGCAUUUGGGCGACCAAAGGAAUGAAAGAUUUCCCUCCGGAGGAAGAUGAUGUAGCAAGUGCAGUAACCAGCGGAACAUUAGAUGCUAUUAGGGAGAGGAUGAAGAGCAUCCAGUUAGCAACAGCUGGUGGGAACCAUGAUUCUGGAAACAGGCCACUUAUGUACGUGAAUGGCGGUUUGAGCCAUGGGAUCGCUAGUCAACUUACUCAUGCAUCAGAUCGUGCUGUUGCAGAGAAUCCUGUGCAGGGUGGGGUUCUUCCCAUGGAUGAGAAAGCAUUAUCUGGGCUUCAAGCACGGAUGGAGAGGCUAAAGAGUGGGACAAUUGAACCUCUGUAGGAAGACAAUGGAGAGCAGCAACUCCUUGAGCAUCUGAGUAUCACCCGUCCUGAGGAGCUAAUCUUGUAAAUGAAAGAGGAGCAGGGGUCCGUAUUAAGAGAAUUUUCCAGUAUAGAUACUGUGCAUUCAUUGUACAAUGGAACGUGGUAUGGAAGUUUGUAUUAUCUCAAUGCUGCGGCAGAGUUUUGGGGAAGUAGGUGUAGUUCUGCAAUGUGGUUCAUUAUGUAAUGCAUGUGUGCCCCAAGAAUAUGGCGUUUGUAUAGUCUAGUACAAGCCUAUCUUUUUUAUAUUUUUUUGUUUCUUUCUCUUUGAUUAAUCUUUUACUUUCAUUGGCUCUAAUUUAAUCCGAGUGUACACCGGUUUUCUCUUAAGGUGUUUAAAUA